CAUUUGUAGUAUUCCACUUCGAAUUCGAUCGGCUGCAUAUUUCUCCAGACUCCGCAAAUCAAGAGCCUCUCAAGCAGAGAUGAAGGUGGAAGCUGCAUACUUGUUGGCCGUUUUGGGGGGCAAGACCUCCCCUUCUGCCGAAGAUCUCAAGGACAUCCUUGGCUCUGUCGGCGCUGAGGCUGAUGAUGACAGGAUUCAACUUCUUCUUUCCGAAGUCGAGAGUAAAGACAUCACAGAGCUUAUUGCGUCUGGACGGGAAAAGUUGGCCUCCUCCGUACCAUCUGGUUGUGGUGAUGCUAUUGCAGUUGAUAAAACUGGUGACGGCUUCGGUGGUAUCGCUGCUCCUGCUACAGCUGGGGCAGACGACGAAGCCAACGAGUCAUUUCCCUUCUCGGAUUGUGAUCCCGACAGUUUCACCAUGGAUCCCAAAGAAGCCAGCAACCUAACCGAUGUCAGUCUCAAAAUUACUACUCAUCUGCUCGUAACAGAAGGCAAGUCGAAGAACAUUGUUUACUCGCCGUUAUCCAUCCAGGUUAUGUUGUGGCUAAUAACGGCCGGGUCAAAGGGUCCUACCCAAGACCAGAUGCUCUCUUUCCUCAAGUCGAACUCCGUCGACCAACUGAACUCCCUGGCCUCCCAUCUUGUCCCUCUGGUCUUCGCAAACGGAUCUGCCAGAGGCGGUCCUUGCCUAUGUUUUGCCAAUGGCCUUUGGGUUAAGAAGUCUCUCCUCAUCAAACCUGCUUUCAAACAGGUUGUGGACAGUGCUUACAAGGCAACUAUAAAACAAGUUAGUUUCAAGAAUCCUGAAGAAGUGAGACGUGAAGUGAACUUAUGGGCUGAAAAGGCGACGAUCACUGAGGCUCUUCCUCCUGAGUCGAUUGACAAGAAGACCAUGCUUGUAAUUUCAAAUGCCUUAUACUUCAAAGGCCUUUGGAAGGACAAGUUCAAAGCAUCGAAAACAAAAGAGUACGACUUCCACCUUAUCAACGGUACUUCUGUUAAGGCACAGUUCAUGACGAGUGACGAGGACCAGUUUGUAAAAGCCUUUGACGGCUUCAAAGUCUUGAAGCUUCAUUACGCACGAGGCAAAGACAGGAGGCGGAAAUUUUCAAUGUACUUGUUGCUUCCAAAUACAAGAGAUGGGCUCCCAAGUUUGGUUGAGAGAGUUUGUACGGAGCCCAAUUUCUUAGAUCGAUAUUGCCCCGAAACACAAGUGGAAGUUGGUGACUUCAAAGUCCCAAGGUUUAAGUUUUCCUCUUCCUUUAAAGCAUCUGAUAUCCUCAAGGAUUUAGGAUUGGUGUUGCCUUUCAAUGGUGAAGGUGAUUUAACAGAGAUGGUGGAAUCAUCUCCAGAUGGGGCCACCAUGUUUCAUAAAUCCUUCAUUGAAGUUAAUGAAGAAGGGACAGAAGCAGCGGCUGUUUCUAGUUAUGUAGAUAUGUAUUUCUCUUAUGGUCCUCUAAGUCCUCGCAAAAAGAUAGACUUUGUGGCUGACCACCCGUUCAUGUUUUUUAUCAGAGAGGAAAAGACUGAAACGGUUAUGUUCAUUGGUCAAGUUCUCAAUCCGCUCGAAGAAUGAUUUAUCAUUAGGGCAACGCUCUUCUUGGUUUGCUUCUCUGCAUGCUAGAGUAGCAUGUUUUCUUUCAUAACUACUGCACUGUUGAUUAUUGCGUUUGGGGGUGAUUCAUAUUUCUUGUAACAAACAGAAGUUGAGGUUUCGCUUGGUUCUUUGCGUUCAUCUUUGUUCGCUUUUGAUAGCACAUGAAGACAGAUUUCCAAGACAAGUUGAUCGAAUCAUAUCUAGUUUUUUUAUUGUUUUUUAA